AAACUAUUAAGAAAAAUAAAUAUUCAAAACUUUUAGAAAACUGUAAGAAAAUAUUAAUAAAAAAAAUAAGAACCUAUUGUGAGUUUAUUACCUAUAAGCUUGCUCUUAAUAUCUCAAUAUAAAAAAAAAGAGAGAGAAAAUCUCAAUAUCUCAUAGCAAAAGCCAACUAUAUGAUAUUAAGAAUUGAACUAUGCGAACAACAAAUUUAUAUAUUUUUACGAGAUUAUUUAGGUCCAGAGGCAGAGAUACUCUAAUGAAAAAAACUGUGUUAGUGACUCGCCAAACUGAUUGGUGGUAACAACCAACUUGUAUGAAAAUUAUUACACAAUGCACAUUUUGGAGGACAAAGAAAGACCUACUGUUACAGCUUCUUGUGGCUGCAAAAGCCAGUUUGAAGUUUGAACAAUAUGAAUUAAGAAAACUUCCGAUUUUUCUUUCUGUUAAUAUAUGUUUACAAUUAUUUUAUGUGAAUUGGAAUAGUAGGAUAGAGACAGACACUGUAGGUAGUCUUGCAUGACUAGACGAACGUCUUAUUUCUGUUACCAACGUCUUAAGAACGUGAAAUAAUCUUUACAGGAACAAAAAAAGAAUUGUACAUAUUUCCAUAGUAAAAAGGAAUUUUAGAUAUGUAACAUAAAAAGGUGUAGUUCUGAAGAUUGGUUAUCAAAAAGGAGUUUAUAUGAGAAUAUAAAAGAAAAAAAAACAUGUGAAUGAUUAGUUGGCUUUCAGGUCAAUAAGGUUUGGGCCUUGCAGAAUUGAUUGGGGGAAGAGAGUUAGAGAACUAAUAGAAGCCCAAGAAGCCCAUAAGGAACAUGAGAGAGGAAGCUGUUAAGUUCGUUACAAAACAGAGGUUUUCAUUAUCAGUCUUCACAUCUUCUUCGUCUACUACUUUUCCGUAAAGCUUCAUCUCUAGAUUCACGACUUUUUCAGAGUACCCUUGUAUGGUUUUGGUAUGAAGCUUAUACAAAGUUCUUCUAAGUCCCCCCCCUUGCGGUGGUGGGUUCUAACGCCGUGACAGACGCCGGCGGAGGAAUGAAAAAGAGGACACUUUAAUCGGUUGCUUUAUGGCACUCGAGGAGAGAGAGAAAGUCAACUUUUUUAACCAAUGUAUAUAUUUAUGUAAUAUAUAGAACUACGUACAUUUUGAUUAGUUUGAUUCUGAAUAAUAUAAUGUUGCAUGAAUGACCACAAAUAUGGGCUAAACAAGUUAUAGUUUUCGUAUUUAUUAUAUCCGGUUUUAAGAAUAGGGUGAUGUUUGUUUGCUCACCCAGGUAAUCCAUCUAGGUGAAGAUGCAAAUCAAUGUUCGAUUUGUGCAUUAUAAUGUUAUAUUCAAAUGGAUUACUUAACUAAAUUUUUAAAAAUUCAUCUCAAAUUUUCACCCCCAAAUAAAGGUCAGUCUUCAGUCCAAAAUGAUAAAUAUCCAAAAUCAUAAAUGACAAAAAUAAUCUUUUAAAAUUAAAAUAUUAUUUUCAAAUCGUAAAUCCUAUUUUUUUUUGCAAAUACAAUUUUCUUUUAGAACCAGAAAACACAUUUUUCCGCUAAAACCGAAGAAACCAUAUUCCCGUCAAAACCGGAAAAACACUUAUUCCCGCCGAAACCGGAAAAAUGCAUAUUCCCACCAAAACCGGAAAAAAAAAAUAUUUUUUCGAUAAAACCAAAAAACACAAUUUCCCCGCCAAAACCAUAAAACGUAUUUUCCUGCCCGAAACCGGAAAAAGCAUAUGCCCGCAGAAACUGGAAAAAACAUUUUCUUGCCAAAACUGGGAAACGCAAUAUCCCCGCCAAAACUGGAAAAACGCAUUUUCUCGCCGUAACUAGAAAACAUAUUUUUCCGCCAAAACCAGAAAACAUAUUUUUUCCGCCGAAACCGGAAAACGUAUUCCCCCCCCCCCAAAACUGGAAAACAUAUUUUCCCGCCAAAACCGGAAAACCACAUUUUCCCGCCAAAACUGGAAAACGUAUUUUCCGCCGAAACCGCAAAAAAUAUUUUUCGUCAAAAACACAAAAAUGCACUUUUCCCGUCAAAAACACAAAAAUGCAUAUUUCCCGCCAAAACCGCAAAAAUACAAUUUUCCGCCAAAAUCUCGAAAAUAACUUUUCCCGUCAAACCCGCAAAACACACUUUUUCGUCAACAACAUAUUUUCCGCCAAAACCACAAAACGUACUUUUUCCACCAAAACCGCAAAAACGUAUUUUCUGCUAAACCCAUAAAAACGUAUUUUCCGCCAAAACCACAAAAAUGCACUUUUUCGUCAAAAACACAUUUUUCCUCAAAAAUCGCAAAAUAUUUUCCGCCAAAACCGUAAAAAUGCUAUUUUUCUGCCGAAACAUAAAAAAUAUAUUUUAGUCAUUUUAUUAACAAGUCCAUCUGGAUGCAGAUGCAAGUUAAAAAAUGAAAAGCAAACGAACAUUCAGAUGAUUCAUCUGGAUGCAUAGACGAAAUGAAGAAACGAACAACACCCAGAUGAAGCAUCUGGAUAAGACAUCUAAAUUGACCAUUUGGAUGCAUCUUCCAGAUGUAAAAACGAGCAGGGCCAGGUCCAUACGAAAGAGAAGAGUUGGCCAUGAAAGGAACCUUGUCAUAUCUUCGUGCCUGGAGUGUUCGUUUAAUUCUUGGCUGGCGACCAGGUCCGGCCCUAGGAUAAAGCCCGUAAAGCAAGAGCUUGAGGCGCCACGAUUUAUUAAUAUUUUAGGGGCAUAUUUUGCAGCGAAGUUUUUAUGGUCUAGUAGCUCUAUGUACAUCUUCUUUCUCCUCCUGGCCCGGGUUUGAGGUACACCUCUAGCCAAAUUUUUUUUUCGUAUUUAAUAAAGACAAACGGCCAAUGACUAAAAGAUUUGAUAAUAACUAAUUUAUUUGAUCGAAAGAUUCAUUACCUUUUCUAAAACAAAUUAUUUUCCUUAUAUAUUAUAUCAAUGAUAAAUACAUAAGUUACAAUAACUACAUUUUUUUUUUUUUACAAUUGACGUUCUAUCUCCCCCUUCUUUUUCAACCUUCUUGUUUAUUCUUUUCUGCAGAUCAAUCAUAAUCCACGUUCUCUGAAUCUAUGUAAGUUUUGCCUCUUCCUUAAUUUAUUUAGUUUUCGUUAAUUUUGUAAAAAAUAUCAUUAAAGUUUAAUUUUGUCCCUCUCCAAUCUUUAAUGGUAUUUUAUAUUAUCCGAUUAUGUAUUCAUAUUUAUACGAAAAAAAAUUAUAGUUAGGGGACAAUAUAUUGGGAGUGUGCUUUAGGCACCACGGAUGUCUAGACCGGCACUGCUGGCGACUAAAUGAUGACUUACCAAAUAUUCAUUUUUUUUACUCAAGCUUUUUUAGCAGAGUCGAAGUAUAUAAUAUAUCAACUGGAGAUUAACAUACAUUAGUAGUACAGGAAGUAUUCCUAGGCAUAACGAGUCUCCACUCGUACAACAGUAGAUAACACCAGAAGGACUGGAUACACGAUCUUGUCGUUGUCGUGGAAAGUGUCUAGCUAUGUUUUUUUUAUACAACUCUGCAUUAUUUAAUUCUCUUGCCGGAUUUGACUUUUCUUGAUUAUUUCGUCCAAUCGUAUACAUGAUGUAUAUCUUAUUUUCAUAUAUGCCGAAGUUUUCACUAAGCAAGUUUUGUAUUGCUCUUGAUUUUAUAGAAAUUUGAAAGUCAGAGACAACAUGAAGAUUCAUCUUUUGUUGGUCAUCAUUGGAACCUAUGCCGCUAUAGUUUUAGCCCAGACACAAGAAGGAUUCUUCAGUUUGGAUUGUGGAUUACCUAUUGAAGAAUCUCCGUACGAUAAUGAAUUCAAUGGAUUGACAUUCACAUCGGAUUCCACAUUCAUCCAAACAGGGAAAAGUGGUAGAGUCCAUAAAGAUCUCAAGGACGUAUUAUCAAAACAAUAUUUGACUCUGAGAUACUUUCCUGAAGGAAAGCGCAACUGUUAUAGUCUAGAUGUCAAGCCUGACACAAAAUAUCUCAUCGCAGUUAGCUCCGUAUAUGGGAAUUAUGAUGGUCUUAAUCUUGAUCCAAACUUUGAUAUCUAUAUUGGUCCUAAUAAGUGGAUAAGUAUAAAUUUGAAAGGAAUACCAAAUGGUACUCUAGAUGAGAUCAUACACAAAUCUAUGUCAAACUCUUUGGAUAUAUGUCUUGUUAAGACAGGAACAACGUCGCCAAUAAUUUCAGCCAUCGAAAUACGGCCACUCAGGGAUAAUACUUAUGUUAGCCAAUCUGGUUCACUGAGGCUGUCUUUCCGGGUGUAUCUUAACAAUUCCGAUGGAUUUAUAAGGUACCCUGAUGAUGUUCGUGAUCGUAUUUGGAAUCCAUUUUUUGAUUCUUCAUAUUCACAAAUAACAACCAAUCUCAACAUAAACAAUUCAAAUGCAUAUGAGGUACCAAAAACUGCACUCCAGAGUGCUGCCACGCCUAGAAACGCCAGUGGACCGCUGGUCAUCACUUGGAAUCCCAAACCCUCUAAUGCUCAAGUGUACUUGUACAUGCACUUCGCCGAGAUUCAAACCCUUGAGGCCAACGAGAUCAGAGAAUUUGACGUUAUCUUGAAAGGGAACUUUAAUCAUUCAGGUUUUAGCCCUACAAAGUUAAAGGUAUUUACAUUAUUCACAGAAGUACCUAUGCAAUGUGAUUCGGGAGGUUGCCGUUUAGAGCUUGUAAGAACUCCAAAGUCAACUCUUCCACCUCUGAUUAAUGCUCUCGAAGCUUACACGGUUAUUGAAUUCCCAAAACUGGAAACAAGCCCAAGUGAUGUUGACGCUAUCAAGAACAUCAAAGUUACUUAUCGACUGAGUAAAAUCAGUUGGCAAGGAGAUCCGUGUCUCCCUAAAGAUUGGUCGUGGGAAAAUCUUAGAUGCAAUUACGUAGAUCUCUCCACUCCACCACAAAUCGUUUCCUUAAACUUGUCAGAAAGUGGAUUAACUGGUAGCAUAGCUGUAGCUUUACAGAAUCUCACACAAUUACAAGAACUGGACUUAUCGAACAACAACUUGACUGGACCAGUGCCUAGUUUUCUUGCCAGCAUGAAAUCGCUGACCUUGAUAAACUUCAGUGGGAACAAUCUCAAUGGUUCAGUUCCUCAGGCUCUUCUUGAUAGAGUAACGGAAGGACUUGUAUUAAAACUUGAUGGAAAUUCAGAUUUGUGCAAAACUAGUUUAUGCAAUCAAGAAAAGCAGAAAAAGAAAUUCUUGAUACCGGCUUUUGCAUCAGCUGCCUCUCUGCUUGCUAUACUGGUUGUGGUGGCUCUAAUUUUUGUUUUCCGAAAGAAUAAACUUCCUUCAGAUCCACCUGCGCCACCAAGUAUACCCGUACCGGAUGUUGGGCAUACUAGCCAGCCGGAAUCGUCAUUCGCUUCGAAGAAGAUUAGGUUUACUUUUACCGAGGUUCAACAAAUGACAAAUAACUUUGACAGAGCUCUCGGUGAAGGAGGGUUUGGAGUUGUUUAUAACGGCUUUGUUAAUGUUACACAACAAGUAGCUGUCAAAUUGCUCUCCCAAUCAUCAUCUCAAGGCUAUAAGCAUUUUAAGGCAGAGGUGGAACUGCUUAUGAAAGUGCACCAUAUAAAUCUGGUGAGUCUAGUUGGGUAUUGUGAUGAAGGAGACCACUUGGCCCUCAUCUACGAGUACAUGCCAAAUGGAGACCUGAAGCAACAUUUGUCAGGGAAGCGUGGUGGAUUCGUUUUGAGCUGGAAAAACAGACUAAGAAUAGUUUUGGAUACAGCUCUAGGACUGGAGUACUUGCACACAGGAUGCAUACCACCAAUCGUUCAUAGAGAUAUAAAAAGUACUAACAUACUUUUGGACCAAAAUUUCCAAGCUAAACUAGCUGAUUUUGGUCUUUCAAGAUCUUUUCCCGCCGGAAAUGAAACACAUGUGUCAACGGUUGUUGCUGGCACUCCUGGAUAUCUUGAUCCAGAGUAUUACCAAACAAAUUGGUUGACAGAAAAGAGUGAUAUAUACAGUUUCGGUAUAGUAUUACUGGAGAUCAUUACAAACCGUCCUAUAAUUCAGCAGUCCCGCGAAAAGCCUCACUUAGUAGAAUGGGUCAGCUUUAUGAUAACAAAAGGAGAUAUUGGAAGUAUUAUGGAUCCAAACCUCCAUCAAAACUAUGACAUUGGUUCUGUCUGGAAGGCCAUUGAAAUAUCAAUGUCUUGUCUGAGUCCUUCUUCCAUAGGAAGACCAAACAUGUCUCAAGUUACUAAAGGUCUAAAAGAGUGUCUAAUAUCCGAAAAUUCAAGGAUAAGCGAAAGUCGAGAUGUUGAAUUAAGAACUUCAAUGGACUACAGCAAGGACAUGUACACCGAGGUAAUCCCUGAAGCUCGUUAGCUCGCCAAAAAUAUAUCUUUGCUAGUUUUAUUUUUUAUGAAUCUCCCAUUUGUAUUUUCCAAAAGUUUGUUGUCAAUGAUGGCUACGGUGUUUUUCACAAAUAACAUGUGAUACUGAAGUUGAGUCGUCGUUUGAUGAAUAUGUUGUGAUGUAAAAAACGUGAGCGAGAAGUUAUAUUUAUACUGAUAUGUUGAUAACGA